AUGGAUAUCAGCAGCCAUCACCAGCAUCAGGGUGUAACAGUGUGUGCCAUUCCUGUUGCUUCCGCCACUCCAAUUGCUAGUCAGACCACUAGUACCGAUACAGUAGAUUCCCCCCUUGUCUCUGUACAGCUUGUUCCAGAUUCACGGGAAGACGAAGCUGAAAGUGGGGAGGAAAAGCAAGAAGAGGAUGUAGAACUUGCCCAAGAACAUCAACGGAGUCCAUCCAGAGGCAGAAAAUUCAACACGGCUAGACGAGAAAAAGAAGAGAGACUGGUAGCCACACGAGCCGUCACUUUCGGGGCUGUCGCCAAACAUGGACUCAGAAGAUCAAGGCCGGAUCCUCUAAUUGAUACUCCAGAAACCAAUCUGAAUAGAAAUGAAAGCCAAACCAAGACUAGUACUGCGAUUGGUAGGGGUGCUGCUGGAGACAUUGUGGGCAACAACAACGGCAAUUCUAGCGAGGAGAUUGUCUCUCCGCUGUCAGUCCCUGACUCUGCGGCUGAAGGUGUUUGGACUCCUACCAUGAUCCACCUCAAGACGGAUAUGGUCAAUGACUCUCCACUAUCCCCAUCCACCAUGGAAUCAGUACACAUGCCUCCUCACAGCAUCGAACCCCAUCCGCCUGCAAGGGAUGGAAGAAAUCGGACCACAAGCGACAGCGGCUACAGCAUUGUUGUAACCAUUGCUGUUGCUGGUGACAAUGGAGCUAACCCACCAACAACAGACACAGAGAUUAACCCCACAGGAGCUCCCUCUGCAAUUUGGCUAACUCCUACACCUACGAAUGGAGGAGCCAACAGUGUGACACCAGACGAAGUUGAAGACUUGAUUUGCCAAACCAAUCUGUUCAUUCAAAACCGAGUUCGGAACCACACAGGAGACAACACUGUCACAACCGAAGCAUUCAACAUCGAUUGGGAAUUCCUCCUUGUCGACGGCAGCAACGGUCAAGCUGCCCCACAGCCAGUCGCUGUUUCGUUUCUAUCCAAGAAUACUUUUGGUGAUAUGGGAGCUCAAGUGCCAGGGCAGUUGGUGUCAGAUGCCAUGCAGUUACAAAGGGAAGACAUUCUGGUUUACAUUGAAAGCUAUGUGUGGAAGGGUAUCCCCGAGGGGAAUAUGUUUCGCAAUAUCACCAGUGCCAGCUUUGAUGAAAAUAUUGUCGGUCAACCAGUGCAUGCCGGAAAGCUGCCAACGUCAUCCUGCCAACUAAAUCAUUGGUCACCAAUGUAUCCAACCAACAGUCCUACUAGAGCUGCUUCUACCAAAAGACCAACCCUUACACCCUCCAAAGGAACCACUUCUGAUCCCCCCUCUCCCAGUCCCACUCUGCUGCCGGCUACAGCUUUUCCAACCAAGCAGCCCACCAUAAGACUAGCCACGAUGCAACCGUCUCCGUCUUCCAGUCUCGCCGAACAGCAAACUACUGGGCAUCCAACAACUCUGAGCCCAACUGUGGCUACCGAAUUGCCCAGUGUCAACCCAACCACAGCAAUCCCAAAAACAAGCACACCAACUGGUCCACCUACAAAAGGUCAAACUCUACCACCAACAGAGCAACCAAUAACCGCUACCCCGACAACAGCAAGUCCCACCACGGCACGCCCUACCGGUACGGGAAAUCCCAGUGCUGCACCAACCACAUCAUAUCCAACCAUUCAACCCACUCCACAACCAACUUCCAAGCAGCCCUCUUCCAAUCCAACAGCUCAGCCGACUACUGAAAGCCCAACCUAUCAACCCACUUCCAAGCAGCCCUCUCCCAAUCCCACCACUCAGCCAACUACUAACAGUCCAACCUAUCAACCCACUUCAUUGCCUACUUCUAAACCACCCACCCCCACUCCCACCUCACAGCCCAUCAUCCAACCUGCGACAGUGGAUCUAUUUGGAACAAUCUACAAUGUGGCCAGCACUACUGAAAUUCGUCUAGCCAAUCAAGGCCUCACUGGAAGCAUUCCAUCUGGGAUUGGGUUGCUGACUGCUUUGACUGCAACCAGCUUGUUGGAAGCCUGCUAA